AUAUCUCUUUUAGCUGACUCAGGGCAAUAUGCGUGUGUAUUUUACAUUUGUGAAUUAUCGUUUCUUGCUCUCAGUGGCAUUCCCUGUAUAAAUAAAGGUUUGAACAUAAUGAUUCAACACUUGACACAGAUUGCUAGACAAAGCUCCACCUCCAACUUGCUUGAGUCAAACCAGGAAGUAGACUGUUGUUCCUCCACCAAGAAAUGACACACGUAAGCUGAGAGACAGAAAAUAACAAUAAAAGACUAGACCUGCAACUUCCCCUGAGGGAGGAAAAAUACAGCAGGAAAUAGAGGGAUUUCUGCAACUUAAACCUGCGAUUGACUGCACACAUGGACUGUGGAUUUGAAAAAAACGUCUCAGAGUGAUAGGAAUUUUCAAGAGGAAGGAGAGGAGUCACGACUGACUUCCUGUUUAGGGCUCUGCCUGGUGUGUUUUCAGCCUCAAUAAGAGAGAAAAUGGCUUUCCAAACUGAGGAGGAUCUCUCCUGUCCAGUCUGCCAGGACAUAUUUAAAGAUCCUGUUGUUCUGUCAUGUAGCCACAGCUUCUGCAAACACUGUCUGCAGAGCUGGUGGAGAGGGAAACCUGUACAGGAGUGUCCAGUUUGUAAGAGGAGAUCAUCAAGGAGUGACCCGCCUCGUAACUUGGCUUUAAAGAACCUGUGUGAGACCUUCUUACUGGAGAGAGAUCAGAGAGCUUCAGCAGGGUCUGAGUCUCUCUGCAGUCUGCACUCUGAGAAACUGAAGCUCUUCUGUCUGGACCAUCAGCAGCCAGUGUGUCUCAUCUGCAGAGAUUCAAAAACACACAACAACCACAGAUUCAGACCCAUUCAUGAAUUUGCACAGGAUCACAGAGAGGAGAUUCAGAAAUCCCUGAAGCCUUUACAAGAGAAACUGAAGCUGUUUGAACAAGUUAAAGGAAACUGUGAUCAAACAGCAGAACACAUUAAGGUCCAGGUCCGACACACAGAGAGGCAGAUUAAGGAGCAGUUUAAGAAGUUUCACCAGUUUCUACAAGAGGAAGAGGAGGCCAGGAUCACUGCUCUGAGGGAGGAAGAGGAGCUGAAGAGUCAGAUGAUGAAGGAGAAGAUUGAGGCUCUGAGCAGAGAGAUAGCAGCUCUUUCACACACAAUCAGAGCCACAGAGGAGGAGCUAAGAGGUGACGACGUUUCAUUCCUGCUCAACUACAAGGCUGCAGUGAAAAGAGUCCAGCAGCGCCCCCUGCUGGAGGAUCCAGAGCCGGUUUUAGGAGCUCUGAUAGAUGUGGCCAAACACCUGGGCAACCUGACCUUCAACAUCUGGAACAAGAUGAAGGAGAUGGUCUCCUAUACUCCUGUGAUUCUGGAUCCAAACACUGCCAAUCCAGAAUUUAUCCUGUCUGAGAAUCUGACCAGUGUGAGCCACGGAGAAAAACAGAAUCUUCCUGACAACCCAGAGAGGAUUGACUAUCAUCGUUCUGUCCGGGGCUGGGAGGGCUUUAGCACAGGUGUUCACAACUGGAAUGUUGAAGUUCGAGACAAUACAGCCUGGUUUGUUGGUGUGGCUGCAGAAUCUGUCCAGAAAAGGGGACGAAUAAAAACUGGGUUCUGGCAAAUAGAGUUUCACAACAGUAAAUACAGUGCACGUUUGUUAGGAGAACCAGCUGCUGUUCUCCGGGUAAAGAAGAAGCUUCAGAGGAUCAGAGUUCAUUUGGACUGGAACAAAGGAAAACUGUCAUUCUUUGA